AAAAAAAAAGAUGGUAUGUCCGAUGCCGUAAAAUAUCCCGGACUUUAGGAGCCGCGGACACGUCCGAGGGCCCGAAAGAUCUUCGGCCGUGGAGUAUUUAGUGGUGAUCUUAAAGUACUACAGUUCCCGGCCGAGAAGGAGAAGAAAAAGCUUGGAACUAUUAAGAUCGAAACCCUGAAGUUGCAAUACGUAACGCAGACCCAUAAUAUAAUCCCAAGCCCAAGCAUACGGGAAUAUAAUACCCUGCCCCCUGUUUCUUUUUCCUCUCUCUUCGUACCUGUUCCAUCUAUUUCAUUUACUCUGUCCCUGCCAAGCAAGUUUUAGGUCAGGUGCUGCUGUCACUGCCUUUGCCCGUAUCGCCAGUUUUGCAAAACACCAAGUUCACAGCAACAUCAUCACAUCACAUUAUAGAGUCACCGCAUAAAAUCACACAAUGGCUGUGAAAGGCAUCUUUUCAUACUGGUGGUUUCCAGUCAUCUCAGGGCUUGUCUGGCUCGGGAUGCUUCUCGGUCUUCUCCUCGAGUGGCAAGUCAAUCAACAUGGGCGUCGAUAUCCCACUCAAUCGAUUCACUCCGACAUCGCCUACAUCUCCAAUGUCGGCGCCGACCGUCUUCAGCCUCUCUUCAUUGUCGGCUGUGUCUUGACCUCCAUCUUUCUCGAUGCUGCAUUCUUGUCUGAGCGAUGGCUGCGACAUCGGGGCCGUCUUGUGCCCAACACGACACUCAUGGAGAAGAUCCUCAGCGGCCUCUCCAUCGCCUUUGCGACUGUCGGAACCGUGGGACUUAUCUGUCUUUCUAUCUUCAAGACCGGCAAGUAUAGCAGACUGCACAACACGUUUUUGGCGCUCUUUAUUGGAGGCUAUUUGAUCUCGGCUGUCUUUAUCUGCUGGGAGUAUCAACGCCUUGGAAUCAACUACCGCGAGCAUCGUAUUCUUCGCAUGUCAUUCUGGGUGAAGCUCACCUUCAUCCUCGUCGAGCUCUUCCUCAUCAUCGCCUUUGGUGUGUGCAGCCGCGUUAAGAAGCGAAACGCCGCCGCGAUCCUCGAAUGGGUCAUAUCCUUCAUCUUCACAUUCUACGCCGUCUCCUUCGUCAUCGACCUCUAUCCUGCCGUUCGCACAAAGAGCCCUGACGCAAGGUACCAAAAGUCUCACUACAUGCCUUCUGCCCUCUCUGAUUCGACGAGUCCCAGUAACGGGUCGCGAAGUAACUUUGACGCAGCCCCAAACGGUCGUACCGAUGUCGAGAUGGCUCAGAACGGUAACCGUGUGCCUCCCAGAGACUUCUAGACAGGUCGCAUAUAUCAUAUGCUUGACCCAUCACAGUACAACAAACUAGACUCAACGUUUGUAAUACUUUACACACGAAACUUUAUGUUCUAUGGAAUAAUGUCGGAAUGAUUCCCCUUUUCUUUCUUUGCAUGGCGUUGGGACCGAGCGAGAAUUGGCUCGUUUACAGGAUUGUAUUUCGUGGCUUACAUCAUGCGCUCGUACAUGAACUAUCUGGAUAGAUGAAUUUGAAGAGGAAUUGCCUCAUGUAUAAUGAUUAUCAAUUAAUUAAACAAUGUUGACAUAAUAAGUCACAAUUUCAUGUCACUCGUCGUCUUUCGUACUUUAUGAGGUAUAUUACUCUGUAUUGCCAACCACUAUCCUGCUUUGUCUCAUCAUCGUAGCUGACCAUGUUAUAGUCGUAAUGUUCAUCCGAAAGUUCCGUACAUGUACUGCGUCAUAGCUCAAAAAAAGACAUUGAGUUUACACCAAUAGUGAGAUAACCCUUUCAACUUCCCCAAUUGCUAUAGUCCUGCUGUUAAAAACGAAUGACGCUUUACAGAUACACAGCAAUCCAUUCUCUUGCGCCAGGCGUAAUCCAAACCAAUCCCAUCAUUAUGCCUCCUUUCCAAACUCCUGUCCUGCAACAAUACUGGUUUAGUUAUCCAUCAUCUCUCUGAAUCUCGAGUCCCGUGAAGGGCUUUGGCUCUUCCUUUCAGCAGGGUCUUUGAUUGCUGGGGGGGGAGUAAGAGCCGGAACCGCCUCGUCUUCACUUAGACUGCUCACGGGGCUGAUGCCGCGCGAAUCAUGCAGUACAUCCCGGUCGUGGUCGCUUGACUCAGCGUUUGCGCUGCGACCGGCAAGGGCGACAUCUCGCAUGCUCGUAGCCCGGUUGUCCAGACUUGUUGAACUUUCAUUUGCAUCAGUAUCCCGGAGAGCGGCUCCGCCAAUGAAACUGCUUCUCUUGUCACCGUGGCUUUCGUGGUCUUUCUCUCCGAGAGAUUUGCCUCGUGAAAACCGGUUCUUGAUCCAUCCCUUGACCUUGGAAGUUGGUGAUGCAGCAUCGCUGAGCUUUCUGCGGCCCCUUUCCGUUGUGCCAGCUUCUGUAUCGAUAGCUGCUGGGGCACUAGGCUCACUCGAUUCAUUUGGUGCAACAAUAGGAGGUGAGACAGCCUCUUCGCUUCUUGUGCUCGCACCAUCAUCAAUAGCUUCUUCGCCAGAGACAGCUGUGUUACCCCUGGACCGUUGCUUCUCUUCCUUGGCCUGGCGUCGCUCUUCAGCUCGUGCCGCCUUCUCCUCCGCCUUCUUGGCCUUGUACUCCUGCUUCUCUUGGUCUAUGAAAUGAAUUAGUCAGGCUCAUUGCAAAUGAAUAUUUGCUGUGGACGUAC